AUGAUUCCAUCGUCAAAUAAUAUUUCCAAUUACCCGGAUUCAACUCCCUAUAUCCCAAAUUCCAUCCUCACCACUACAAAUGAAACCACACUUACAACAACCCCCUUAUUAUAUACACCACCACAACUGUCAGUAGAUUCACUUACCGGUGCACCACCUACUCUACCAAUACUUACUAGAUUCCUGAGAUCUAGUUUGCAGCAAUCUCAUUAUCAAUUACCACCGAUCCUUCCAAGCCCCCAUAGUAACAGGUCAUUGUCAUCGCCUAAUCUAUUGAAUCCGAUCACUCCAUUAACAAGUCCCGAGAAGCAUCUGUCUCUUUUUACCAACCAUCAUAGAUCUUUAUCCUCGUCGUCAUCUUCUUCCGGUUAUCAAAGAAGAUUAUCUUUUAGUAGCCCAAUUUCAUACCCUAUACAAUCCUUAUUUUCGCACCUGGACAAUUCCGCAACCAUUGAAUUAUCGGCAACCAAUUUUUUACAACACAAUCAAAUUCAAAAUCAAAACCACCAAUUCACCAACACAAACAACUAUAUUGCAAGAAGAUUUUCAUUACCUUCGAUGAGUUCAUUAACCGAACAUAAUACAUUGGCAUCGCCUCAACAACAAGCAAAGCGAUCACCAAAGAAUUUGCAAUCACCGAAGAGAAUUCCUUACCAAACGGUUUUCAAGUAUCAAAAAUCGCAUAAGAAAUCUAAAUCAGCCACAAUGAUUAACAAAUUUUCCACAAAACCAAAAGCACGAAAUUCAACUGGUUCAUCCUCAUCUAGAUCAAAAUCCAUUGCUAAUAUUUUCAGUCAGAAUGCCAUCAACUUCAUUAUUCAUAAACUACCUUCUGAUACAUCCUAUAUUCCGAUAGAUCAACUAAAUUUAUUAAAUGAUAAAAUAUAUCCUUCAAUUGUCAUGAAGAAGUAUUCAACUUCGGCUAUUGAUCCUCAACGUCCAUAUUUAACCGUUUAUGAAUAUCCCAUCAAUGAUAACAAUUGGAUAAUAUGGGAUUACGAGACAGGUUAUGUUCAUCUCACAGGAGUAUGGAAAGCUUCUUUAUGUGCUUCUGCAGCCAGUCAUUCAAAAGCUGAUAUUGUAAAAUUACUUGAGUCAACUCCAAAAGAAUAUCAACAAUAUAUUAAGCGUAUAAGAGGUGGGUUCUUAAAGAUUCAAGGUACUUGGCUUCCUUAUAAAUUAUGUCGCAUUUUAGCUAUUCGUUGCUGUUAUUUUGUCCGAUAUGAAUUGAUACCUUUAUUUGGUAGUCAGUUCCCUGAUGAAUGCUUGAAACCUGGUGACAAAGGAUUUGGUGAAUUAAGAUUAGAUUCCAUCUAUCAGUUUGACUUAGGUUCUCCAAUGCCAUUGCCUCCCAUUUCAAACCCACCAGAGCAUUUAGAAGUACCACAAUUGAAGAAAUCAACUAUUUCAUCCAGUUCUGCAACUGAUAUUCAUAAUCCAUUGCUUCCACUUCCUUUACCACAAGUUCCUAUAGAACCUGUCACUCCUAAACAAACUAGCACUUCCACACUUUCAUCUGUAUUCUCCCAUGAUUCUGCAUCAACCACUAAUACUUACUCUCCAAACUUAUCAUAUACAGAUAUGCUAGAAAUUGUCAAUGCAUCAAAAUGUCUUCAAUCCAUCAGUCAGGGACGUAAACGUAACGCAGAGAUUUCGGAGGAAGAAGUAGCCAAUUCCUCAACUGAUGAAGAAGCGACUACUAACUAUACCCUCACACCUGAAAAGAAGAACUUGGUAGGGAUAUCGAAUAUUUUACUUGCUGCUGGUAUGAAUUUAGAUUCAAAUAUCAAUAACAACGAAUUGAUACGUCGUCAAGUUGAAGCUCCAUCGUUAAGGACGACGACGAGAAUAGUGGAGAAUAAUGAGGAAGAGAAGGAUAAACGAAGAGGAAGUAUGAAGAUUAAUGAUUUGUUAUCAUAA